ACAGAAGAAGAAGAUCGGCGAGCUAGCAAGCUAGCAUCCACAAAGUGCACGGUUAGACGGUCCUGAGCAUCGACAUGCUCCUACAGACGGCCAGGCCCUGGCUGCUCCGUUGCAGGAGUCUACCUUUGGCCUGCGCGAGGUCUUACUACGCCGACAAAGUCGCUCCACUCGGCACUCAGCCGGACAAACAGUCCCCUGAAUACCAGGAGAAUUAUGAGCGGAUGCAGGUUAUUGUCGAUCAGCUGAAAAGCCGGACAGAGAAGGUCAAACUGGGUGGGGGAGAAAAGGCCAGGAGACUUCACACUUCUCGUGGGAAACUCCUUCCCAGAGAGCGUAUUGACAGGCUGCUGGAUCCCGGGAGCCCUUUCUUGGAGUUCUCUCAGUUUGCAGGUUAUGAACUGUAUGGAAAAGAGGAAGUCCCUGCAGGCGGUAUCCUUACCGGGAUCGGGCGGGUUUCAGGGGUGGAGUGUGUUAUUGUUGCAAACGACGCUACUGUCAAAGGGGGCACGUACUUCCCGGUUACGGUGAAGAAACACCUGCGGGCGCAAGAAAUAGCCCACCAGAACCACCUGCCCUGCAUUUAUUUAGUGGAUUCAGGAGGGGCCAAUCUUCCCAGACAGGCCGACGUCUUUCCGGACAGAGAUCACUUUGGUCGUAUUUUCUACAACCAGGCCCGGCUGUCCUCAGACGGAAUAGCACAGAUUGCUGUCGUGAUGGGCUCCUGCACGGCCGGGGGAGCGUACGUACCCGCCAUGGCGGAUGAGAGCAUCAUUGUGCGGAAGCAAGGAACCAUUUUCCUGGGAGGACCUCCGCUGGUCAAAGCCGCCACCGGGGAAGAGGUUUCUGCAGAGGACCUCGGUGGUGCUGAUCUUCACUGCAAAAAAUCUGGUGUGACGGACCACUACGCGCUGGAUGAUGACCACGCCAUCCAUUUGGCGAGGAAGGCGGUGAGAAACCUCAACUACAGGAAGAAUAUUGAGGUCACCACAGAACCCACGGAAGCCCCUCUCUUCCCCGCAGACGAACUCUACGGCAUCGUUGGAGAUAACUUGAAACGCAACUUUGAUGUCAGAGAGGUCAUCGCUAGAAUUGUCGACGGCAGUAAAUUUGAUGAGUUCAAGGCUUUCUAUGGCGACACGGUCGUUACAGGAUUUUCCAGAAUAUUCGGUUACCCCGUCGGAAUCAUCGGCAACAACGGAGUCUUGUUCUCAGAGUCUGCGAAAAAGGCAACUCAUUUCAUCGAGUUAUGCUGCCAGCGCAACAUUCCACUUAUUUUCCUCCAAAACAUAACGGGCUUCAUGGUGGGUCGAGAGUACGAGGCGGGCGGAAUCGCCAAGGACGGGGCCAAGAUGGUGACCGCCGUCGCCUGCGCCAAUGUUCCCAAGAUCACCGUCAUCAUCGGCGGCUCCUACGGCGCCGGGAACUACGGCAUGUGCGGCAGAGCCUACAGCCCUCGCUUCCUGUACAUGUGGCCCAACUCCCGAAUCUCCGUGAUGGGCGGCGAGCAGGCGGCCACCGUCCUGGCCACCAUCACCAAGGAUCAGAGGGCGCGAGAAGGAAAGGAGUUCACAGCGGAGCAGGAGGCGGCCAUGAAGAAACCGAUAGUGCAGCGGUUUGAAGAGGAAGGCAGCCCGUACUUCUCCAGUGCUCGGCUCUGGGACGACGGCAUUAUCGACCCCGCAGACACUCGCCUGGUUCUGGGGCUGAGCCUCAGUGCGGCGCUGAACGCACCAACGAAGAAGACUCGCUUCGGGGUGUUCAGGAUGUAAAGCUUGUGGACCUCCGACGAGCGAGCGCUGCACUCCUAGCUAGUCUUUUUUCAGAUUUCCUUUUUCUUUAGGGUUCAACGAGGACGAGUGUCACCAGAUUAAGAUCAACAAACAAUCGAGAACUCACACCGCCUCUCUCAGUGGGAUGUGAUCAGAGGGGUGCUGUAGGUGUGGGAUGUUUCCACUAAUACAUUGUGCCUUUCAACUGUUUCUAGUGUCAAUUCAAACUCUCCUCCUUUACUUCUUUCCCCUCUGGAUUAUUUUUGUAUAAAAUACUGUAAAUGCUGAAUUAUAAAAAAAAAAUGAGGACAUACAAAGUUGCCGUCUUUUCUCAAUCUGCAUAAGGGGGCGCUGUUCAGCUAUAUAUAAAUACUGACUGGCCACAUCUAGCUGGAUGGCAGAAGCACACACCAAGUCUUACAGCUUUAUUUAUUUAUUUGAGAUAAUAGUGUUUACAGAAGAGCUGGUGGAGGGAAAUAAUACCGAGGGGGGGGGAGUAUUAUGCCAUUUGAGCCUUAUGUUCGCUUUUCACGUUUUUUAAUCGUGCAACUAUAGUGCUGCUGCAGGCAGAGUGCUUAACUUUACCAGCUGCCACACACACACACACACACACACACUACUCCCCAAUCGAUCAAACUGAACAUGCUGCACAUAGUUGGUACACCUACAUAUUUGUAUCGAUGACCAUCUGAGCUCACUUUGGUAACAAGUGACUUUUCUUGUUGUUCCUCUGUGGGACUCUGAGGACAUCGGGUGCAGCAGUGGAUUUGAAUAUUCAAACAUUACAAAAAACAAGUUGUGUUUAGAACUGGUUCGCUGGUUUUCUUUCACAAAAUGAGAGGCCAGAAUGUUGCAUAAUACUGAAAAUGUGUGUGUGAGAGAGAAAAAGAAACAGGCCCCCGGAAAUAUAUGUUAAUCGAUCAUUUAUGAUGUCGCUCUAGAUUUAUGAGCCAACCUUUCGCUCUGCCCGGGACUGCUUUUAAUUGCGGUAAUAAUCACUCGCCGGGUGGCUGAAUGACGACGUCGUCCUUUUUGUCUUGUCAAAUUAUCUGGCGAGCUCUCCACUACUUUUUUUUUUUUGGGCCUUCCCCAUCAUGUACGCUAGAUUUCGAGGCAUUUCGAGUAGAACUCGGUGACGCGUUGUGUUCUAGCUGAUGCUAUUACUGCAGCAGUUAAUGGAGAGGCGGACCAGACGCGACGGGUUGUCAUGCGUGGUGAAGGUGGGGGUGGGGGUGGUGGGGGUUUCUGCUUCCUCCCUGGAGUCUUUGUGACUUCACGUCUCAUAGGGUCCAUUGGACCUGGCUGUGUCUGAUGACUCCUGCCAUGGUCCGUUAUCCAUGCCUACUACUAAUAAUUCAUACAUUUCUUUCAUAUUCAUUACAUGUGUUGUACCACUGUUCAUCUCUUGCUUCUGUCCAUCCUGCAGAGGGAUCCUCCUCUGUUGCUCUCCUGAAGGUUUCUUCACUUUUUUACCAAGUGAAAGUUUUUUUUCUAUUUCUUGGGAGUAUUUCCUGAUCCGAUGUGAGGUCCUGGGACAGGGAUGUCGUAUGUGUACAGAUUGUAAAGCCCUUUAAGGCAAAUUUGCGAUAUAAAAUUAAACUGAAUUGAAUAUCAUCCAGGCCAUCUGUACAACCGACUACAUGCCAGUUGUCAACGCAACCAAAGAGUGUCUUCACCAAGGUGACGGCAGUGUAGCCCUUCACACAGCUUACAGGGGUCUUCAGAAUCACACUCACUUCCUCGAGCUCGGUCAAUGAAAUUUCCAGUUUCCAGACAUAAAAUCCCGACCCAUUUCCCCUCCCUCGGGUGUCUUGAUACCGACACACAAAGUGCCCGUCAGCCUCCGGGCUUCUCGAGUGACCUCCCUGUAAACCCGUCCGUGUCAUGAGAAACGUCGAUGAUGCUCAGAGAGCGUAAUGGCUUCAGUAUAAAGAGCCCAAAAAAGCCCACGCGAGCAUGAAGGGAAGGGAGAUUGAUGGACGGGUCAAACAAAUAACGACCGUUGUUGAUGUCCCUGAGUUACCGUAUAGGGAUGUUUGUGUUGGAUUUCUUUGCUUACUCAUUGAGUCAUUGUUUACACUUUAUUUAGUCAGAUUUCGGAAAUACAUCUCCAUCGUGAUGUUUCUCCCCAAACCUAGCUGUGGUUUUGUUGCCUAAACAUAAGUUUGUACGUUCUUAGCUUAGGUGUAAAAAAUAAGUAUGAAAACAUCACAUUGUAAGACCAACUGUGAUGUCUUACCUGAACCUAUUAUAGGCUGCUUGGAGGGGAGGGGGGGGGGGGGGGGGGCGUUUUAGGAUACACUGAGCACCUAUAUGAGCUCCAUCGCACAGUACUAACACAACAUUACUAGCUUCCACCCUGGAGUCUUUGUGACUUCACGUAUAAUAGGGCCCAUUGGACCUGGCUGUGUCUGAUGCCUCCUACUUUGGCCCUGCUGAUGCCCCACCACCCCCCUCCUCCUCCUCCUCCUCUCUACCUCCUUCUGUCUCAUGGAUCGUGGACCAUGGUACUCUACCAUGCCUACUACGAACUAUUUAUACACUCUCUCAUAAUCAUUGAAUGUGUUGUAACUCUGUAAUGAUUCCUUCUGGUCACAUGACAUCUAUUGCACCUGUCCAUCCUGGAGAGGGAUCCUCCUCUGUUGCUCUCCUGAAGGGUUCUUCACUUUUUUCCCGUGAAAGGGUUGUUUGGGAGAUUUUCCUGAUCCGAUGUGAGGUUUUGGGACAGGGAUGUCUAUAUAGAUUGUAAAUCCCUCUGAGGCAAAUUUGUGAUAUUAUUAACUAUAAAAUAAACUGAAUUGAACCGAA